CUGAAGAAGUGCAAUAAACUGAACCUGUGCAGCCGUAUUCUUUGAGAAAGGCAGAAGACAGUUUGAACCAUGGCAAGCCAGGACUUAAUGGCGAAAAAAAGAGAAUGUCUCCAGGCCUACAGCUGGUGGAGAACACCGCAGAAGAAGCGGAAGAAAAAGAACAAAAUAAAACCGGGAAGAAUAGAGUUUGUCCCUAGUAGUAGUUCAGCCAGACCGGAUUAUUCGAUAUUUGUUGGGGAGCUUACUCCAGAAGUGGAUGAUUUCCAGCUCUAUGACUAUUUCCUGAAGAGGUACCCCUCAUGCAUUGACUGCAAAAUAGCAACAGACCUGCUGGGAUAUUCCAGAGGGUAUGCCUUUGUCAGAUUUGGUGAGCAAGGUGAUCAGAUGAGGGCACUGCAAGACUGCCAGAAUGCACCAGGUCUGGGGGGAAAACGAAUCCGGCUGAGCAUAGGAAUUUCUAAAAGACUGAAAGCAGAGUUCCAGCGGUACCAGUCGUACAACUAUAAUGAUUAUUACCAAGAUUAUCAGAACUACUACUCACAGUGGGGUUAUGAUCCUUAUGCUGACUACAACUACAGCUCCUAUACUCCCUAUGAUAGCAUGCAAGCUGUUGGAGACUGCUCUUUAGGAGAUGCUGUUAUGGCUCCAGCUGUUUUUGAGGAAACUUCAGCUAUGACUGAAAUCAGUGAUGACCUAAUAACUGAAGAUCCACAGCUUUACUUGGAUGUUGAUGAAAUGAACAGACAAUUUAUGGAGACAAGUGAAGAACUCUAUGAUUCCCUCAUGAAUUGUCACUGGCAACCUCUGGAUACGGUCACUUCUGACAUCCCCCCUGCUAUUUAAGUGUCUUAUAUAGCAUGACCGUUAUGACCAAGGUGCUAAAAUUACAUUUCUUCUACAUUACUCUAGAUCAUAAGUUUUAAAGCACAAUGAUAGGUUGGGUUUUUUUGCUAUGCUUUUGACAGUUUCUGUAAUUUUUUUUGUUCAUCACUCAGAGCAUCUUGAAAUCAUGUAAAUAUUCUAGAAAUGUAAAGAGUUCGAUGGGGUCUAAAGAUAGACUUGCCUGUGUAAAUAAAAUUUUGUUUCUGCAAA